GCCUGCAAUGAAACUGCAUAAAACUCUGCUGGCGAGUUCUGCUGAGGAGUUUAUUCACACCCUAGAGAAUGAGCUGAUGAAUGUGUGUGAUGUAAUGCUGAAGAAGGUUGAUAAAAAGAAGGAUCGACAGAUCUUGUUCAGCCAUAGGCAUCAGCUCUUGGAUCAACUAGGGGCGUGCUCAGACCCAGCCUUAAUUCUUCAUCUUGCAGCACUCAUACUUUUCCAGCAUGCUACCGGAAGUAUGCUGCAUGCUUCAGGGAAGUUUGUUCCCAGUAUCCUCUCCCUGCUGCAGGAUAAGGUUGGAGAAUCUGAUUAUUCUAUUCUGUCCUAA